AUGUCAAAGCCGUUCGCUUUCAAACCUUCAGCUCUGGCUGCUAAGGCUGACAAACUUUGGUCAGAAAGUAAAACCGACUUCUCAGCUACACACUCAACGGUUAAUCAUGUUCACUUGGAGAAGAAGUCGCUGGGAGAUAUUGCUCAGAAAAAUGCGUCCGCGCAGAAAGAGAAAGAAGUUGAAGAAACAGUAGCACCAACGUUUGUGUUCGGGUCAAAAAUUGCCGACCGAAUUGUGAAAACCGACGGCGAAACGUCGAAAUCUGGUGAAUCCGAUGAGAAGACCAUGACAGCAACAGAGCUCUUCAAGACUGCCGUCAAGAAAGACGAUGACAAAAAUGAGCAUAAAGACUUCCGCGAAGAGGCUCAACAAGAAGCAGAACGGACUAAAGAGGUGGAGAAGCAACACGCAGGAACCAGUGCGGUGGAAAUUACAAGUGGAGAGGAGAACGAUACGAAUAUCUUCCAAGCUCCAUGUAAGAUUUGGGCUUUCGACAAAGCGCGUAGCGCAUAUGUCGAAAAAGGAGUAUGCACUCUCAGAAUCAACAAAAGAGUCGAAAACGGAAUGACGCAUCAUCGUAUUGGUAGGUAUCUCAUUUUUCCAGUUUCUCACAAAUCAUCGGUUUUUAGUUGCGAGAACUUCCUCGGGCACUCUUCGCGUCAUAAUCAACUCGAAAAUUUUCUCGGAUAUGCUUUUAGAGCGAGUCGAGAAACGUAUAAGGGUAAGUUUCUUUCAUUGGUGAAUCAGGAGAGCAAUAAAUCGAUUAUUUUCCAGAUUUCUGCGAUGGGGCCAGAAAUUUCCGGUGUUCAAAUUUUCCUCCUCAAAAUUGGAUUCACCAAGACGGAAACUAUCCCAGACUCGGAUCGGUUCUACAACAUCAUGAGCGACUUGCUGAAAUUGGAGAAAGGAGAGAAUUGCCGGAAGAGAAAAGCUGAUUGUGAUCUCAAUGCGUCUUCUGUAAAGAUCAAGGAUGGAAAGGAAGAUGAGGAAGGCGAACAGGACCAAGUUGACGAAGGUUUCGUUAUCGUGAACAAGCCGACUGAUGAAGAAAUUGAGGAGAGUGAACGAGCAUCAGCUGAAGCUGACGCAGGAAAGAAUGACGAAGAUGAGCCAUCGACAGCUCCAGCUCCAGAAGAAGAUGCGCCGUGUAAUUCUAGCGCGUCUGCCGAAUAA